GAUAACGUUAACCAGUUGAUUGGAAAAUGAAUAAUCGUUCAAGUUUGAAAUGCAUUCCAUUUAAAUUGUCUCGAGUACGAUUUGUCAGUGAACGAGAAGCACAGAAUUAUCAAUUGAUUGUUACUGGUAGUUGGUUUGAAGAGGUUAAUCGUAUAUGUUUAUGGCAAUACGGUAUCGGCUCAGAUAUCGACAGUGGAAAUAUUCAGCCAAUAUCAGAGAAUGAAGAUUGUACUUAUGCUGGUGUAAAAGGUGACUGUGUUGAUGAUCCGCGUCUUUUGUGCUCCCUUAUACACAAGGGUUCUAUUCAAGAACUUAAGGUUCAUCAUCGUAGUCAACUCAUUUUUUCUGCUAGUUCUGACGGUACUCUCAGACUAUUUCAAGCUGAUGAUGAUGUUCAGCCAUAUCUUACUCGACUAACUGCAAAUGAUUGGAUGCCUUUUGGGCAAGAUGUCCUAUGUGGUCAUCUGUCAACAACUUUAUCUUGUCUCGCGCUCAGUCCCCACUGCACAUGUGCAUAUGUAAGCAACGAUUAUGGUAGAUUGGCUGCUGUCGACGUUAAUCGUAUUCCUGGUUUCCAUGAUUCCACUCCUGCUAGGAAUAGAAAAGAUGCAGUAUUCAUAUUAGGAAGUAAUAGUUGUACGGUCAAUGCAUUGCAACAUGUUGAUAAUUCUACGUUGGCUACUGUAGACCAGUUAGGUCAAUUGGCGCUAUGGGAUUUACGCACUGGAUCAGAGAAACCACAGCGUAGAUAUAUACGACCUGAAGACAAUCAAGCUCUUCUCUGCAUUGCUCAACAUCCUGGACAACCUCAUAUAUUAUGUGUUGGUGGUUUUCGUAGUUCUGACUCAGCUGCUUAUAUAUGGGAUACAAGGGCUGAAGAAUAUCCAUUAACUUCUAUAGAUUGUGAUGGUGAAGUAAUAUGGGAAACUGCUUUUCAUCCACGCCAACCAAAACAUUUAUAUAUGGCUACUGAAACAGCUGGCCUAAUUCGGAUUAGUAGUGGUCAUAAGUCAAAUUCAUGGGUGUAUAACAAAAGAUCUCGUCGAAAGUUAACUAUAUCCUCCGCUCUGCCCAAAGGUACAGAAACUACAAGUGUUACUUCCUUUGAUAUUUCUAACACACUGUUAAUAUGCAGUAAUUCAGAAGACAUUUUACAGACUUUUCCUUGUGAUGUGCCUUUGUUUUGAAUAUGAAUCAGUGUCGCUUAUCUAAAGUGUAUGUUGUUAUUAAAUACAUUUGUGAUUUGA